GAACAAAGAAGCGACUGAGCAAAAAUACGCCAUCUUUUGCGAACCGGUAGCAGGUUUAACAGAUUUCUUAUACGCUUAUCGUGUUUGCGAAGAAUUUACAUACCGCUAGCCUAAAUUUUCACUUCUGCUACCGGCUUGUCCACUAUUCCGUAUAAAUAAAGAUGUGGCACCGAAUCGAUGGCUUGUGUGAAAGUAUAUGCUGCCUCAGCAGGAAGAGUGGAUCAGAUCGAUUUAAUACUUCUCGCAGUGCUCAAUAAGAAACAACGUAUAACAGUUCCGCUAGUGUACAUUUUGAAGUGCAGAGAAUAAUGCUGUUUCGAUUUAUAUUGUUAUUAACAUUUGCCGUAGUAGCAUUAACAAUUACCGUUGAUGAUGAGUUGCAGUCAAACUUAACUAUAUACGUGAAAGAACAAAAUUUGAAUAAAACAAGUGGAACUGAAGAUGAUAAAGGAUUCUGGGAAUGGUUGCUCGGUGCGGUGGCACCAAUUCCACCAAUAAAUUUUAUUGAAUCAUCAAAACCAGAAAAAUGUUUAAGUUGCACUUGCGGAUUAACAAACAAACAUAAUCGUAUUGUCGGAGGUGUCGAGACACUUGUCAAUCAGUAUCCUUGGAUGGUUCUAUUGAUGUAUAGGGGACAAUUUUAUUGUGGUGGUACAGUUAUAAAUUCACGAUAUGUACUAACGGCUGCUCAUUGCAUUGACAGAUUCGAUGCAAAUAAAUUGACUGUCCGGAUAUUAGAACACGAUUGGAAUUUAGCUAACGAAACCAAAACGCAAGAUUUCAAUGUUGAAAAAGUAAUCAUGCACAGUGGUUACUCAACUACUAAUUACAACAAUGAUAUUGCACUCAUUAAGUUAAAGAACAUCAUUAAAUUUCAAGGUCCGAUGCGGCCUGUUUGUCUCCCAGAUCAAGUGAAAACUUUCGCUGGCAAAAAAGGUAUAGUAACCGGAUGGGGAGCUGUUAAGGAAGGUGGAGCGAUAUCAUAUACGUUACAAGAAGUUGUUGUUCCUAUUCUUACAAACGCGGAAUGUCGUGCUACAAAGUACCCACCACGCAGAAUAACAGAUAAUAUGAUAUGUGCGGGUUUCCAGGAGGGUGGUAAAGAUUCUUGUCAAGGAGACAGCGGUGGUCCGUUGCACAUAGUAGAAAAUGGUGUUCAUCAGAUAGUUGGAGUAGUCUCCUGGGGAGAAGGAUGUGCACAACCUGGAUAUCCUGGAGUAUAUAGCAGAGUAAACCGAUUUCUUACAUGGAUUGCACACAACACAGAGGAUGGUUGCUAUUGUUGAUAUGUAAUCUCAACAUAGACUGACACAUUUAUUUUAGUUAAUUCACAUUAAUUCGAUAAUAAUGCAAAUUACACAAGCUAUGAAGCGCACAAUGAUACACGGUUAACAAUUUUAUUAGCUUGUACAAUUAAGAAUUCAUUGCAUUGUAAGAUGAUAAUUAUUUAACACAUAAUUAUUUCUCUUUAUUGUAUAUAUAAAUGUAAUGUCAUUUCAUGAUAAUGCAGACAUGAUAUAAUAUGCGAUCCUGUAUUCAUAUAUGUGUUUUAUAAAUACUUAAAAAUUAAGGCACAUGUACAUCGCUCUUCACUUUAGUUUUUAGUCAAUACUCACGAUAUAGAGUGUGUACAUAAAAGAAGAAAGUUACAAGACUUUCUCUGUUUUAUACAAUCAGACAGUUUGGAAUUCCAUUGAAAACUCAUAUACAUUGUAUCUAUAUGUAAUAUUGUUUAUACACACACAAUGAACAGAUGGAAAAUAUAUGCGUAUUUUG